AUGCGGAUUACCAAGAUCGGUCCCUAUACAAUAUUUAUAUAUCGACAGAAGAAUAAACGAAUAAACCGAUCUUACUCUUCUGAUAGUGACAAUAGUAGUAAAAGGAAGUCAGAGAAAUCUAAAAAAUCGAAAAAAGAUAAAAAGGAACGAGAUCGACAGAAAGACAAAUUAUCAUAUAUUGAAUUAUCAGCAUAUUCGAAUACAGAUAAUCCUUUUGGUGAUGCUAACCUUGGUAUAAAAUUUGAAUGGACCAAAAAAAAAGAACGUGAUAAGAAGUUGGGAAUAUCACCAGAAGAAGCUCUGCGUAGAGAAAAAGAACGACGAGAAGAAACACAGCUUGAACUUGAAAAAUUAAAUAAAAGAAGGGCUGAACGUGAAAUAGAACGGCAGUUACGUGAAGAGGAACUUGCUCGAAUGCAGCGUGAUGCCGAAAUUGCUGCAAUGGGUGAUUGGGCAUCAAAAGAAGACGAGUUCCAUCUUGAACAAGCAAAACGCCGAGCGGAAAUUAGAAUCAAAGAAAAUCGUGCAAAACCGGUUGAUAUUCUUGCUAUUAAUUUGAGAUUGGCUGAUGAAACCGAAGUUGUUGAUGAAGCACUGGAGAUUGAUAUGGAUGAACCAUAUACUAUAUUUGAAAAUCUCACUCUACCAGAAGUUGAAGAGUUACAUCAAGACAUUCAAAAAUAUUUGAGCCUUGAAAGAAAUCCAAAUAAUCUUGAUUUCUGGAGGGCAAUGAUUGUAGUAUGUGAGGAUAAACUUUCUGAACUUCAAGAGGACGAAAAGAACCAUGCUAUGAAUAUCAUAGCACCUGUAAAAGAUGACAUUAAUAAUUUAUUUUCUGGAAAGACCUAUGAACAACUGAAUGUAUUACAAGCUCAGAUUCAACAAAAAUUAUCUGGAAAAGAAGCUGUAGAAGUAGAAUUUUGGGAACAACAAUUGAAGGCAUUGACUGCUAAGCUAAAAGCAAUGCAUGAAAUUGUAUUGCGAAAAAGAUUAGAACAACUCCGCAGAAAGCAAAGGCAAGAGGCUAUUAAGGUGCAAGAAGAGUUGGAAUCCGCCAUUGCAUCACAUGCUCAUCAUAUUCAAAUUGAAUCUGAAGGGCAAGAUGUAAUUAUUGAAGAAGAUACUGAUUAUACGAUUGGAGAAUAUGAUAGAUCUAUGAGUCCUAGACCGUUAUCAAAAUUGUCCAAAGAAGAUAAACAAUAUGAAAUUAUUGACCCAGAUGAAGAUUUAAGGGCAUUGAAAGAAAGGCGUAAAGAAGUACUCCGUAAUCAGUUUAUACCCAUGAAGGUUCAACCAAAAAAACAGACCGUUGAAGAAGAGGAAGAGUCUGUGGUUUCAAAAGCAUUGUAUGAACGGGAAGCAGCUAAGGAACUGGAUGAAGAUGAAGCAAUAUUUAAUAUAGAAGAAGAAUUGGCCAAAACUACGUAUUUAUGGCAAGAUAAAUACCGACCACGUAAACCUCGAUAUUUCAAUCGCGUUCACACAGGGUACGAAUGGAACAAAUACAAUCAAACGCAUUAUGAUAGUGAUAACCCUCCACCAAAAGUUGUACAAGGGUAUAAAUUCAACAUAUUUUAUCCGGAUUUGAUUGACAAAUCUAAAGCACCUACAUAUAAAAUUGAAAGAGAACCCGGCAACAAUGAUACUGUAUUAAUACGUUUCGUUGCUGGUCCUCCUUAUGAGGAUAUUGCUUUUCGAAUUGUUAAUCGGGAAUGGGAAUAUUCACAUAAAAAAGGAUUUAAGUCGAGCUUUGAUCGUGGAGUUUUACAACUACAUUUCCAUUUUAAACGGCAUUAUUAUCGACGUUAA